GCCGGGGCGCCACGCACGCGCCCACCAGCCGCAUGGGGCCGCAGGCGGGGCUGUCGCCUUCCGCGGCCGCCCUGCUCUGCUCCUUCCUGCUCCCGCUGAUAACUGCUCAGGAAGCCAUCCUGCAUGCAUCUGCAAAUGGCACAUCUUUCCUAUCCAAGGACUACUACAUGCUAUAUAAUCCACAGUGGACAGUGCUUCCAAGUACCCUAGCAAAUGCAACUCCCUUUAGUUUGAUGAAUCUGACUACCACACCACUAUGCAACCUUUCGGAUAUUCCUACUGGUAGCAUAAAGAACAAAGCCGUUGUGGUGCAGUGGGGACCCUGCCAUUUUCUUGAAAAAGCCAGAAUUGCACAGGAAGGAGGUGCUAAAGCAUUGUUGAUUGCCAAUAACAGUGUCCUAUUUCCUCCCUUAGGGAACAUAUCUAAAUUUCAUGGUGUGAACAUAACAAUUGGAUUUAUAAGCUACAAAGACUGUAUAGACAUGAAACAGACUCUUGGAAGUAACAUUACCGUAAAAAUGUAUUCUCCGCUCUGGCUUAACUUUGACUACACUAUGGUGGUUAUUUUUCUAAUUUCGGUGUUUACUGUGGCAUUAGGAGGAUACUGGAGUGGGCUCAUUGAACUGGAAAACUUGAAAAUAAUGGCAAACCCUGACAAUAAAGAAAUGAGAAAAAAGAAGGAAGAAUAUUUAACUUUCAGUCCUCUUACGGUUGUAAUAUUUGUGGUCACCUGCUGUAUUAUGAUGGUCUUGCUUUAUUUCUUCUACAAGUGGCUGGUUUAUGUUAUGAUUGCAAUUUUCUGCAUUGCAUCAGCAAUGAGUUUGUACAACUGUCUUGCCGCCCUGAUUCAUAAGAUACCAUGUGGACAAUGCAUGAUUGUGUUCCGAGGCAAAAACAUCGAAAUAAGGCUUAUUUUUCUCUGUGGACUAUGUAUCGCGAUAGCUGUUGUGUGGGCUAUAUUUAGAAAUGAAGAUAGGUGGGCUUGGAUUUUACAGGACAUCUUGGGAAUUGCUUUCUGUCUAAAUUUAAUUAAAACACUCAAAUUACCCAACUUCAAGUCAUGUGUGAUUCUUCUAGUCCUUCUCCUCAUCUACGAUGUAUUUUUUGUUUUCAUAACACCAUUCAUUACAAAGAAUGGUGAGAGUAUCAUGGUUGAACUUGCAGCUGGACCAUUUGGGAAUACUGAAAAGAAUGAUGGAAACUUUGUGGAAGCCACUGCUCACCUCUCAGCUCCCCAUGAGAAAUUGCCAGUACUUAUCAAGGUGCCAAAGCUGAUCUGUUUGUCAGUAAUGAAUGUGUACUUUAUGCCUGUUUCAAUAUUGGGUUUUGGAGACAUUAUUGUACCAGGCCUAUUGAUUGCAUAUUGUAGAAGAUUUGAUGUUCAGACUGGUUCUUCUGUUUACCAUAUUUCAUCCACAGUUGCCUAUGCUAUUGGCAUGAUACUUACAUUUGUUGUUUUGGUGCUAAUGAAAAGGGGGCAGCCUGCCCUUCUCUACCUAGUACCUUGUACUCUUAUUACUGCUUCAGUUGUUGCUUGGAGACGUAAGGAAAUGAAAAAAUUCUGGGAAGGUAGCAGCUAUCAGGUAAUGGAGCAUCUGGACUAUUCAACAAAUGAAGCAAGCCCAGUGACUGCAGAGGGGCAGAUUGCCCAAAAAUGAAAAGUGGACUUAAAUAAUGUGUUAGAAUUUUAUCCAGUUAGAAUUUGAAUUUUUUUUCUGCCUUUUUCUUUCAUGUUGUUUUGUUUUGUUGUGAGCCAAGGUGUUGCUCUGUAGCCCUGGCUGGCCUGAAACUCACUAUGUCGACCAUGCUGGCCUUGAACUUAUAGCAAUUCUCUGGCCUCUGCCUUCCAAGUCUUGGGAUUAAAGGUAUGUGCCACCAUGCUCAAUGAGUUUACUCUUUAAAUCAGUUUCAAAAUUGACAGUCCAAAAGCAUUUUCAGUGAUUUUUUUUAACAAAUAUAUAUUUUUAUGAGCUGAGUCUAAAAUUACAUCAUGAAUAAUAAAAAUGAAUUUGCUUUUUCAAUUAUGUUAAAAUUGUGCCUUCACAUUAAAUAAAAGCAUAUGGAUCUGUAAUUUA